AUGGAUGCAGCGAGUAUUUUAUGCCGGGAUCGAAAGCAAAAAAUAAAAUGGAUAUUUGGUCCAGAAGAAGAAACUGUAGAUUUACCUCCGUUUGAAACUAUGACUCAAAAAAUAAAUUUUCAAAUACGAACAAGCAGACAUCUGGAAAAUGACGAGUACGCAAAUGAAUUUAAUGUACAAAAGAUUGAAAUUAUUAAGCCAAAAGUUGAAGAACACUCGGGAGAUAUUUCGGUGACGAUUAAGGAUAAGCCAUCGUCGGCUAGAUUGAAAGAAGAGAACCGUGAAAUUUUGAAAAAUGUAUUCGAAGAACUUUUAAAUCAUGCUAGAGAGUCUAAGCGUUUGAAAUUGUUGCAAUCAACGCUAGAGAGAAUUUAUUCAGUAAGUCAAAUGAAGCGAUACUUUGACAGGUGGAGAAUGUUGGUAGAUGAAAUGAAAUUUUUAAAUAAAAGUCAGAAGAAAGAGUACGAAAUUGAGGAUGUAACAAAAAUAGAAUUGUUUAUAAGUGCAAUUAGAGAUAAGCAGAAAAAUGUUUUGAGAUGUACUAAGAAGAAGAAUAUGUCAGUUGAUACUAAAGAUUUGGUUAAUACUAAAGCAAAAACAAAUUUAAAUGUGUCUGCAACGUUUGCGAAUCGCCUGAAGAUGCAAAAGAAAGUUAUUGAUGAGCAGAGAUCUAAGUUGGCUGAACAAAAUCGACUUAUCCAGGACAUGAAGUUACAGCAAAUUCAAGUUGAAUCAAAAUUAAGCGAACUGGAAACUCUAAAAACCGCUAAAGGAGCUUUUGCUCAUAGCAAGAAAAGAUCUCAAAAGAUUUUGCGACAAUUAAUGUUGCGAGAAGGCAUUGAUUCUCAUGAAGUUGAAGAAGUAUUGAGUGACGGUGUACCAAAGCCGAAUCCACCGAUUUUUUUGGCGAGAAUGGAAGCUAGAGCUUUAGCCCGACGAGAAAGAGUUGCCAGACGGGAGUUGGAGCGUAAACAAAAGUUGGAAGAACAAAAAUUAAGGGAAGAAAUGGCGAAAAUGAGCGAAAGAGAGGCAGCAAGAAAAAAAGUUGAGUUAGAAGCUCAAGAAAAAGCUCGACAAAUUCGUCGUCGUCAUGAAGAAGAACGAGAACGUGCUUUGAAUAUUGAAAAACUUAAAAAAGCGAUGCAGGAAGCUGAUGACUUUUAUCGGAAGUAUUUGCUUCGCCGAUAUAUUCUUUGUCCGCUGAUUGCUUUUGUACAAUCAGUACACGAUGAUAUGAAUAAAGCUGAGAGACACUAUGAUUUAUCUAUUCUCCGGAAAACGUUUGUCAAAUGGAAGUCUGAAACUGAACAAAAAAUACAAAUUAAAAUGGAACUCAGUAUUGAUAUUUAUAAUAGAAAUCUCACCUGGAGGGUUUUUGAAAGUUGGCUGCAAUUAACGAGAAACAAUAGAAAAAUAUAUAAGACUGCUGUUGAUCAUUGCAACAAUUGGCUGAAAAAAAGUUAUUACGACAAAUGGUUAGCUUAUACACUUUCGAUGAAAAUAAUUAAUAAUAAUAAUCAAGAAGUAGCUUUUAAUUUUUAUAACGAAAAACUAAAAUCGACUUACUUUAAAUUAUGGAAAAAAUAUUUACUAAUUUUGGAUAAAGUCGAAGAGACUGACAAACGAAAGGAUCAACUUAGACAGUUAGUCCAGUCAGUAAUUCCUGAUUUUGCUCCUCAACAUCGGGGCGUUAUUAUUGAUUAA